UUCUUAUCACUCAUUAGGCUACGUUAUCAUUGUCAUUAAACAUCUGUUGUGUCUGUGCAUGCGUUAAGGAUUGAGGUUAAGUUUAGGAAUUAGAUAUUAAUUAUACUAUUUCAGCGUUAGCUUAUUAUCAGAUUUUGUUUGUUUUUGACUGGAAAAAAUAGUACGUUUUACUAAAGUUGACUACUGUCACUCACUAUGGAUGAAUCUAGAGGAUUUAGCACCAGGUCGAGUUUUUAUUUGAUUCUAUUUUUCUCACUAUUCAUAGUUACGGGUAGUUCUGUCGGAUCAACCUCAAAAGAUAAUAGUGUUUUACCUCUUGUGGUAACCACUUGGAAAUUUACAAAUGCUACUAAAAGAGCUUGGGAAUCGUUGAAAAAUAAAAUGUCAGUGCUGGAUGCAGUGGAAAGAGGAUGCACUGUUUGUGAGGAGGAGCAAUGCGAUUUCACUGUUGGAUUUGGGGGUAGCCCUGAUGAGAAGGGUGAAACUACAUUGGAUGCAAUGAUUAUGGACGGGACCACAAUGAACGUGGGCGCUGUAUGUGGCCUGAGAAGAAUAAAGAAUGCCGUGGGAGUGGCUAGAAAAGUUCUAGACAAUACUGAACACUCAAUACUCGCCGGUGAAUUGGCAACCGAAUUCGCUAAAAUGGUCGGAUUCAAAGAAGAAUCUCUGUCAACUAAGGAGUCAACUUUAAAAUGGAAGGAGUGGAAACAAUCCAAAUGUCAGCCAAACUCUUGGAUAAAUGUCAAGCCUGAUCCAAGAAAGUCAUGUGGUCCAUAUACACCUUCUGAAGAUUACCUGGAAAAUUCCAUCAACGUCACUCCAAAUAUUGGUGAGAAAAAUCAUGACACCAUAACAAUGAUCGCCAUAGAUGCAGAUCAAAGAACAGCAGUUGGAACUUCUUCCAAUGGAAAAAAUCAUAAGAUUCCGGGACGUGUGGGAGACGCGCCAAUUCCUGGCGCUGGAGGUUUCGCCGAUUCACGAGUGGGUGCGGCAGCCGCCACUGGUGACGGUGACGUCAUGAUGCGCUUCUCACCCAGCUUCCAUGCAGUUGAAGAGAUGCGGCAAGGCUCAACUCCGACUGAGGCUGCCGAAAAAGCGAUAAAGCGGAUUGCCGACUAUUAUCCGAACUUUUCGGGUGCUUUGAUCGCAGCCAACGUGGACGGUGACUAUGGGGCUGCCUGCAAUGGCAUCGAGUUUUUCCCCUUCAAUGUCGUCAACCCAGUUCUCAACAAAGUUGUCGUCAAAACUGUUAAAUGCUCCAAUGUUCCCAGAAGCCGUCACUGAUCCAAAAUUACUUUUGACUGCAAUAUGUUUAUACAUAGAAUGUAUUUUAAAAGCAAGUGCAUUCCUAUAAUACAAUAAUGAUGAAAACUGUGGAAUUCUACAAUGUUAUUAUAGGAGCCGUGAGUAUAAUUUUAAAAAUCCUGAUGAUGCUAUAUUUUUAUAUAGAUUAUGUCUUUCAAAAGCAAGAUCAUUCCUAUUAUCGAAUAGUAAGUCAAAUUUAUCUUAGUUACUUAUAAUGUAUGUAUUAAUUAGUUUCAUAUACGUCAGAGGCCCUGAAAUUGAUCAGGUGCGACCUGAAAACUCUGACACCAGACCUGAGCCAGCCAGGUUAUUCAAUAUUAUUAUUAGUUCCAUAUUGUUGAAAAUGAGUUAGUGAAACAAAAAAAAAAUCUUAUAGAAACUAGCGUAUUUCCUGAUAAAUGUAGAGGUAUUGUAGAAAGACUAAUUAAACUUAAAGUACCUAUUAUAACAAUAUUUGAUUAAGAGACUGAGCCAGAGAAAAAAUUACUAAUAUUAUCUAUUCUAUUUCAUAACUGAAUUAUGAUGAAGUAUUUAAUGGUCGGAUAACUAUUUUUGUCGGAUUUGAAUCGUUUAUAAAUUGUGAAAAAAUAUGAAUGUAUCAUCUUUGUUUGAAAACCUUGAAUCUUCAAUAAGGAGUUGAAAUUAACAUGAUACAAUUGGAGUUACUGCUAAUAAGGUCGUAUAUUAUUAGUUCUACUCAUUCCCUGUGAAAUUCCAUUCUUUUUUCACAAGGAAAAAUCAAUAAACGAACGAAUUAUAAAAGUUUUAUAUAAAAAUUGUUGACCUUCUUGAAUAAAAUUACGAUUUAACUGA